AUGGCUUCAAACGUAACAACCGCCAUUGACUCCUUCAAGAGCAAGUUUCCUGGAAAGGUCACCACUCCGGACAACGCAGAGUAUGAAGCUGCGAAAACCCACCCAUGGUCUCAGAUAUGCUGGACACCAGCAGCUGCAUACAUCCAACCAGGCUCGGCGGAAGAAGUAGCACAGUCUCUUCAGACAAUCCAGCAACACAAAUGCAGAUUCGCCGUCAGAACUACUGGCCACAACCCCAAUCUCAGGUUCAGCAGCACUGAUGAGACUGGAAUUCUUCUUGACCUUUGCCGGCUCAAGUAUAAAGAAUUGAUCCAAGGCAAUAUCGCGCGUGUUGGAGCAGGUAAUACCUGGGGUGAAGUUUACUCUUGGCUUGAGGAUCAUCAACUUUCAGCAGUUGGUGGCAGAGAUCAACAAGUCGGACUACCUGGUUUCCUACUUGGAGGCGGCCUGGGAGCCUUCCCAAACCUUCAUGGAGUUGGAGCGGAUAACGUCAAGAACUUCGAGAUUGCCCUGGCGGAUGGCACAGUGGUGAACGCCAACUCUGCUGAGAACGCCGACUUGUACAGAGCCCUGAAGGGAGGUGGUUCAAACUUUGGUAUCAUCACAAGCGUCGACCUCGAGACGCAGCCAUUGCUGAAGGUCCAAUACACCAUCAACAUUUACAACCCGGAAGACCACACAGGCAUCAUCAACGCAACAGUUAAAGUCCAAAAUUCUAUGGAAUCAGACCCCAAGAUUGGACUGUUCACAAACUUCAAUCCUGGAUUCGUGGCAGUCGGACUUCUCUAUGCCGAUCGCCCAACCGAGCAGGUCAAAGCCUUUGAGCCCUUUUACAAGCUUGGUAGUCUUUUGUUAACUGCCAUUACCCAAACCAACGGUACCUUGCUAUCUCUAGCUCAGGCUAUGGGUCAUGAACAAGAGCCCAAAAAUCGAGCUAUUGGCACAGUCACUACUACAGUAUCGGAGAGUCUCUAUGUUGAAGUGUACAAUGGAUGGAAUGAGACUAUUAAAGACCUACCAGCCGGUGCUGUUCUGCACUAUACUAUCCAGCCAGUGGGCAAGGCAUGCAUUCAAGUUGGCAAGGCUAAAGGAGGAAACUUGAUGGGACUGCAAGAGACCCCGCAGUGCUGGUGGGUGUUUACCUGCGAGUGGCCCAAGGGCGAAUGCGACGAUGCUGCGGCACAAAAGGCUGUUGACUCGAUUGUUCGCAAGGUGCAGUACAUGGCACAGGAGAAAGGUCUAUUGCUCGACUUCUUGCUUCCAAACUUUGCGGGUGCCUCCCAGAAGGUAUUGCGCAGCUAUGGUGACGGAUCAGUGCAGUUGAUGAAGGAGAUGGCCGCAAAGUACGACCCUGAGCGUGUCUUCCAAAAGUUGCAACAUGGAGGUUUCUUGCUACGUAACAGUGUAUAA